UGAAAUGCUGGUCUGGCUGAAAGAAGAAGAGAUGUCGCAUCGGGAGCUCAGCCAGCGCCUGGCAACGGUCAUCACCCAUGUGGAUGAAAUAAUGCAACAGGAGAUCAGGCCUGUCACGGCGGUGGAGAUCAUUGAACAACUACACCGGCAGUUUGCUAUUUUGUCAGGUGGAAGAGGCAAAGAUGGGGCACCAAUCAUUACCUUUCCUGAAUAUCCAGGUUUCAGUGAGAUCCCCGAUGAAGAUUUUCUGAACGUUGUCACCUACUUAACUAGCAUUCCCAGUCUGGAAGCUGCCAGCAUCGGUUUUAUCACCAUCAUAGACAGACGGCGGGACAAAUGGAGCGCGGUCAAGGCAUCGCUCACCCGAAUCGCAGGAGCAUUUCCCGGGAAUUUGCAGUUAGUCUUUGUCCUCCGGCCGUCCCGUUUCAUCCAAAGGGCGAUCGCUGACAUCGGCAUCAAACUGUAUCGCGAUGACUUUAAAAUGAAGGUACCGAUCAUCAUGUUAAACUCAGUGUCUGACUUACAUGGUUACAUCGACACAAGUCAGCUUACUCGGGAGUUAGGAGGAACCUUAGAAUAUGGACACAGUCAGUGGAUACACCAUCGAACCGCCAUUGAAAAUUUUGCCAUGACUGUGAAAACCACAGCACAGAUGUUACAGGCCUUUGGAACAAACCUGGCGGAGACUGAACUUCCCAACAACGUCCAGUGCACGGAAGAACUUUUGUGUUUCCACACGGAACAACACACCAAGUUGAAGGACGAGCUGAAGCUAGCGGUGAAGCAGGGAGCCAUGCUACUGACUUGUAUCCGAGAUCCUGUCUCACGAAGUGCCACCAGCAGACUCAGUCCUGAUGAACUAGAAAACGUGGCAACGGUGGAAAGAUUGCUUGCCCAGUUGGAUGAGACCGAAAGAGCUUUUGAUCAAUUUUGGUCCAAGCAUCACCUAAAACUAGAGCAAUGUUUGCAGCUCCGACAUUUUGAACAGAAUUUCCGAGAGGUCAAAUUAACACUGGACAACUUGAUGGAAGUGCAAGCAGUUUUCACGGAUAUUGGAGACAGCAUCUUCCGCGUGGAGCAUAUCCUGAAGGAACAAAGGCAGUUAGAAGAAAGAGGACAGGAACCUUUGGAAAGAGCCCAGUCCUUGGCUGUCCAUGGAGACCAGCUGAUCCAAAAUGACCAUUAUGCAAUUGAUUCCAUCAGACCAAAGUGUGUGGAACUCAGGAGGAUCUGCGAUGACUUUGCCAAUGAAACCAAGAAAAAAUACGAUAUCUUGGGGAAAUCCCUUGAAUUACACAGACAGUUAGAUAAGGCUAGCCAGUGGGGUGAAGCUGGGAUCUACCUCUUAGCUUCCCAAGCUGUAGACAAAUGCCAAACACAAGAGGGAGCUGAAACUGCACUUUGUGAGAUAGAGAAGUUCCUGGAAACUCUCAAAGACCACCAGAUGCUGAAUGCAAAGGAGUUCUACAACCAGUUUGACGCGAUUCUCACCCCAGAAAUAAAGAGCAAUGCCCAAAGAGUACUACAGAAACUCGAAGACGUGCAAGAAAUGUUUGAGAAAAGACAAGUCAGCCUGAAGAAGUUGGCAGCAAAACAGACCCGGCCAGUACAACCCGUUGCCCCUCAUCCCGAAUCCUCGCCCAAGAGAGCCUCUCCUAAAACCGUCCGUCCUGCCCCGUUAGCUCCCAAUAGAAGAUCAGUAGAAAUUCCUAGCCCUCCAAAAUCCAUUUCUGAUGCAGAUUUGUCAAAAAAGAAAAGCGUAAAGAAGGCUAAAGGUGGAAUUAAGAUUGAAGUGAUGCAUGAAGCGAGUCAGGGAGGUUCCAGCAGAGUCUUGGUAAUAAGUGAAAGUGAAGAAAACCUUUCCACUAGGAGAAGCCAUAUAAUAAAUGAACUGAUAGAAACUGAACGUGCUUACGUGGAGGAGCUUCAGAGCAUAAUUGAGGGCUAUGCGUCAGAAAUGGACAAUCCUGAUUUAAUUCACUUGAUCCCAGCUGUAGUUUUGAACAAGAAAGAAGUUCUUUUUGGAAACCUCUCAGAAAUCUGUGAAUUUCACAACAGAAUCUUCCUCAAAGAGCUGGAAAACUGCAUAGAAAAACCUGAGCUUUUGGGUCGGUGCUUUUUAAAAAGAAAAGAAGAUCUCCAGAUCUAUGAAAAAUAUUGCCAAAACAAGCCAAAGUCAGAGGCUCUUUGGAGGCAGUGUGGGGACAGCCUUUUUUUUCAGGAAUGUCAGAGGAAAUUAGAUCAUAAACUCUCCCUUGAUGCUUAUCUUUUAAAGCCGGUCCAGAGGAUUACCAAAUAUCAGUUGCUUCUGAAGGAAAUGUUAAAGUGCAGCAAGAAUUCUGAAGGCACUGCUGAACUUGAAGAAGCUCUCGCAACGGUCCUCGAUAUCAUCAAGUCAGCGAAUGAUUCCAUGCACCAAAUAGCCAUUACAGGCUAUGAGGGAGAUGUAGCCGAGCUGGGUAAAUUGCUCCUUCAGGGUUCAUUCAAUAUCUGGACCGACCACAAGAAGGGGCACAACAAAGUCAAAGAUUUGGCCAGGUUCAAACCAAUGCAGAGGCAUCUCUUCUUAUAUGCAAAAAGCCUACUUUUUUGCAAGAAACGGGAAGAAAACACAGACGGUCACGAGAAGUCUCCUUCCUACAGCUUUAAAAAUGCCUUGAAGAUGAGCACUGUUGGCAUUACGGAAAAUGUCAAAGGUGAUAGUAAGAAAUUUGAGAUCUGGUACAAUGGCCGAGAAGAGGUCUAUAUUAUUCAGGCAGCAUCUAUGGAACUGAAGAACACGUGGGUGUCAGAGAUCAGGAAAGUCCUAACCGGACAACUGGAAGCUUGCAGAGAAGCAAGCCAGCUUCACCAAAGAAUCACAGAGAGCGUUUAUCACGCACCAAUGAAUUCAGCCAACUCCUCCAGGUACGGCAGAAAAUCCCUGAGUUUGUGCGAAAACAAAUCCGAACUCUCAAGCUUGGAAAUGUCAAACAAGCGGAACGUGAGCCCCAGCACCAGGCAGAAAAGAGGUCCCCUUGUUCCUGCGGUUAAAGUCAAGAGGCACGAGAUCAAAAGUGAUCCAACUCCUUUCGGUUUUGAAGGUUGGCCGAGUAGACAGAUGCCAUCGCUAGAUACAUUUGAGGACUUCGAAGCCAUUCCAUCCAGCACUGAAGACCUCUCAAACUCUUCAGAUCUGGAGGAGGACAGCCACCCUUCUAAUGGAUCAAAUCUAUACCGGGUAGAAGGGAGUUUUGAUACCUGCUUCCCAGACUCCCUCACCUUAGAAGAGGGCGAUCUAGUGCAGUUUAUUCAGGAAGGAGAGAAUGGACAAUGGUUAGUGAAGAAGCUAGUUUCAGAAAAAACAGACUGGAUCCCAUCCAGUCUGUUACAACCAGCAGAAAGUGAAGCCAACAGCAGUUGUAGAAUCAGCAAUUCAGAUGUCUACAGCGAUACCCACAGCUCUGCAUCCACAAACUCAGAAAUGAAGAUGGGAGAGCUGAACCGAAGCUUAACAGCUGGACAGAAAGCUGGAAGCUGAGCAGACACGGAAACAUCUCCUCAGGACUCAAUCUUUUCUGUUUACCUGCCGAUGCUGGACCAAAUUGCCUUUUUUUUUUCUCCCAAGCUCUGGAUUUCACAAUUUCAAUAUUUUUGUCAACGUGAAACACAUUAAAAAAAUAGAGAGAGAGAGAGAAUCUAGUAAAUUUCAAAAUCGGUUAAACUUCAAAGAGGUCCGAGUUACCUUCAUAUUCGACAAAACACACUCAUCGUGUGCAUUUUUUUUUCUUUUGCACUGCAUUUUUUUAACGUCAAAAAUUAGCCUAAAUUAGAUGGACGACGCCAGAUUGGGUUGAUACCCCCCCCACACCUCAGUUUUGGGACGGAGUGCUGGAUUCUCGAAACUCAGAUCACCGGAUCUUCAAGGUGCCAUUCUGUUGGGCGGAAUGAAAGGUGUUCGUUCGCCAGUUUGGAUCGGCUGCUCAGCCACUCGUUUUCCGUGGCUCGAUCUAACUCACGUGCUGUUAUCUCAAAGACAAUCAAAACCAAGGGACACCACCCCCCCCCAAAAAAAAGUCGAAGCUGAGUGACGACGAAGAAAGUGCAAUUCCUCAAACCUGAGCCAACGGGCACACCUUUGCACGACGGCGAAAGGUGUAACUUGCCUUGGGUUAUGUACGUGUAAUCUUUUGUCUCUACAGGGUGUUUUGGAUGCUGACUGGAAGUGGAUACGUAGCGUGAAAACUCAAAAAAGGGGAUGAGGAAAGGGCUUUUGGGAAGGCAAUUCUGGGAUGUGGCAUUGACAUUGCCAGCUUUGUUCCCCUUUGGAGGUUUCGCAUCCAGUUCUGUCUAAUGCUGCAAUUCAGUGUUUUACACUUGCGUGGAAGGCAUUUGGGCAUUGUCCUAUGUUGGGCUCUGGAUUAGAAUACAGAGUUUUCAUCCUACCCAAAAUAUAUAAUGAAUUCCCCAUAUAAUGUCCCUCUCCCCCAUCAUCCCCAAAAAUGAGGUACUUGCCAAGGAGAAUGUGUUGUUGCUUGAAAGUUUCUUGCCAUAUCAUAUUUCAGGGGGGGAGUUGGGGAAGCAUUGCAGCCCUCUGAACAAUAUCAUGAGUUUGCCAUCAGUACAAAAGAAAAUUAUUACCCCUGGUUCAAUUUAAAAGCUUCAGAGGUUGUCAUCCCGCUUAAAGAAUACUGAGCAACUGAGUUGGAAGGGACCUAAUCCAACCCCCUGCUCAAGCAGGAGACCCGAUCCCAGCGUCGGUGAACCUUUUCAGCACUUAGUGCCAAAACGGGAGCGCUCGCACAUGUGCCAGAAAUGAGAACAGCAGCCUCCCUGGUGCACAUGUGCGUGCCAGGAAGAUAAAAUUCUGGGUUAGGGUGCGCAUGCUGGUUUUUGCGCACACAUGAACACCAGAAACCGGAAGACCAGGUGGCUGGUGCGCAUCCUUGUGCAGGAAACUGGAAGAUUAUAUUCCUGGCACAUGUAUGUGCACCAGGUGGCUACAUUUCCAGCACUCCAGCACACAUGAAGACCAGCUGGCCGGCGCACCGGAACCUGGAAGAGCAACAGGCAACGACUCGCAUGCCCGGAGAAAUGGGUCUGCGUGCCACUUCCGAUACAUGUGCUGUAGGUUCGCCAUCACGGCCCUAUCCAAUGCUUCUCAACCUUGGGCGUGUGAAGAUGUGUGGACUUCAAUGCCCAGAAUUGAGCUGUGUGGAGUUCUGGGAGUUGAAGUCCACACAUCUUCAAGCUGCCAAGGUUGAGAAACACUCACUGCCCUAUACCGUGGGUGUCCGAUCUCUCCUUAAAAUCCUCCAGUUUUUUUUUCAUUUAAACCUCCAGGCAUUGCAAUUUGCAGGAUUCAAGGUGCAUGUCAGCACCAGAGGGAAAGAAUUAUAGUGUGAAAUUAUUUUGCACGAAGGCUUCAUUUUGAUGAUGAAAGGGGAAAGCUAGGUUCUACAAAUCUGCCUAUAGUGUCAUGUUCAAAAAUGUUCCUUUUUUUUCUGAACAUAGGAAUAGGAUGACUUGAUGAGUGCUAUAUAAAAGCCUGGUCACUCAAGAGAAAUCCAAAGAUUCUUCUCCAAUUCCUGGAAUGUGGCAAAAAACCGCAUCUGAAAGUUGUAUUUCUGCGGUCUUAGCAACGUCCCAAGCUAAUUGAAUGCCUCUUGAUUGGCACAUCGAUCGGUAGAUGUGCUGCUUGAACGGUUUGAUAGAUCUUGGAAUCCCACCAUUAAAGCGGAAUUAUUUCCCGGAAUAAGGCUUUGUCCUGAAAGCCUAUGCUGAAGUGUUCAGCCAGUGGUUUUCAACCUAUGAACUGCACACCCCAGAGGGGACCGCGAUGUCAUCACAAGGGGUCCGCAAAAGCUUGAAAAACUGUUAUGAUUUAAAUCUUGAGUUAAGUCUUGGGGGGGCAGAAAAGGUAUUUAAAGGGGUUUUGUGGUGAAGAAAAGGUUGAGAACCACUGUGUCAGGCCAUUUUCCUGCUGAAUUUGCAAAUUACAGUUUAGUUAUAAGGCAGCAUUCCUCAGACUCAUCGACCGCCCCUUCAUGAAAUAUAUGGUCGUUUAUCGACACCCCCCCCCAAACAUUUAUUAUGUGAAAAUAACAAAUAAAACUUUAAGUAAUAGUACUACAAAUCGUAAUAACAGCAACAGCGGGAACUCUGUGGAUAGUUUCAUCAACCCUUGGGGGAGGGAGUCAUUACUGACCACUUUGGAACCUUGGUUUAGGGCAAGGAUGUCCAACUUGUUCACUUUAAAACCCGUGAACUUCAACUCCCAGAAUUCCCCAGGCAGCCAUGCCGCUGCAGGAAUUCUGGGAGUCGAAGUUCACAGGUCGUAAAGCGGCCAUCGUUGCCCAGUCCUGGACUGAUGCUACAGGGGAAGCCUUGCUAAUGCUUUCCUGGUGCGAAGGUUGUUGGGAUACCAGACGUUCCUGAGGAAGGAACUUCAUCAUAAAGUGGGUCCUGGGGAUAAGAGCAGUUGAGAAAUGCUGGCUGGCCAAUUCUGUGAGUCUGCAAGUCUUAAAAGUUGUUAAGGUUGGGCACCCGUUUCAGGAGUUUUAAGCUCCAGAUGGGCUUCCAGAUCACCUGGUAUUUCAUCACACAAAAAACUGAGCCAAACAGUAUGAGACAAGAGUGUAGCCUGUGUGGUAUAAGCUGGUUCUUUAAAGCAGGGGUCUCUAGCAACUGCGGACUUCAGCUCCCAGAAUUCCUCAGCCAGCUCUGAAUUCUGGGAGUUGAAGUCCUCAGGUCUUAAAGUUGCCGAGGUUGGAGACUCCUGCUUUAAAUCAUGCACGUACGGUAAGACUGGUAAUGAGAGAUUGUAACUUUAAAGCAGCGUUUGUCCACCUCAGCAACUUUUCAGACGAGUGGACUUC